CAACACCCCCUGACAUCCACCCCCACCCUCAGAUCCCACUGAUCCUGGAUCAGACCAGUCCAGUUAAGGUGUCCUCUGGCUCCAGGCUGAGGAGAAAGAAAUGUGUGCCAAUGAUUCCAGAUCAGCUCACAGCAUGUUAGUAAAGCCUUACAGAGCCUCACUGUCACAGAGGAGGACUCAUCCAAGUACAUCAAAUAUUACUGAGACUGUUAAUGACAAACUUCUAACUGAGAAGAAGGCAGAUGGGUUGGUGUACCACUGCUUAGGUGCAAUAACUGACUUUAUGGACCUCAUGUCCUUCAUUGAUAUCUCUCUACCGAGUGAGUGUCCACAUAAGGCAGGUCCAUGCAGGCCAGGGGCUUUUCUCUGGACAGGGGCAGAGAUUAAGGAUGGACUGCUAGAUGAGAUGAGAGAGGAGGAUCAGGGCUCCUGGAGGUGGGGUUGUGAGAGGACAUUGGAGAUCAAGGCUGCAGUAGAGGGCAUGGGCUUCCAGAGGUGCCUAGCCAGGGUGUCUGGGGUCUGGACUGGAUCCCAGAGGCUGGAGGGGGAGCAGAGGGGGAGGGUGAUGGAGAAACUCACCCUUCCUGUCGCCCCACACAGACAGGGUUUCAGGGUCAGUCAGACCACUUCCUGUGAUCCUAGCAUGGUCCAAAGGAGAUAUGACAUCAUCAGAACCGUCCUCUCAAGCAGAGCCUUCUGCACAUUGGGAAGCAAGCAGGCUGUUGCCGUGGACUACCUGCCUGUCCUCCGCACCAUCUGCCAAUCAGAGAGAACUCAGGAACAGGGCCAAGGCAGGUUUCCGCAUUACCUCAGCAGUACUCACCUGGGCCUCCCUAAGGCCACUGUGAGACUCCUUGCAGAUUAUUUCCCAUGACAAUGACCAUUGAAGUCAGCAAGACUACACAAACAGAUCUGAAACUACUAGGCAACAUGUCUGGCUCUCUACACUGCAUAACAGGGAGGUUAAUGCUAUCAUCUCCCUAUGUUAAUGACUUAUGAUUUAGUGAAUGUAGCCCAUAUGUGUUUUCAUGAUAGUUUGCUGUAUAUCUAUUAUACUGUACAUUCAUUCAUGCUUAUUACUUUUUUUUUUAAAUAUGAAUUGAAUGAGUGAGACGUUUAGGUUUCUACUGUAUGCAUUCAAAAUGUAUAUUAACUGAUGAAAUCCUAUUUUUAUAUAUUUAUGCAUAACAAAAUAAAAACAUGUAUUUGUUA